UGCGCCGCGGACCAGCCCAGACGCAGCGGCAGCAGCAGCAGCAGCCGCCGAGAGAGGCGCCGCGCGCCCCGUCCAGCCGCUGCGCGCAGGGAAAAUGUAUCUGGAUCCCCAAAUCUGCAUUUUUAGAGAUCCGUUGCUUAGAAUGAGGCUCAAUUAGGCAUUGCCAGGACAUCCGCCAUCUUGCAGCCUAGAGGUUAUGGCGAGGGGUAAGGGGAGAAGGGGUCGCCUGUGACUCCCCUCACUGCAGACCUCUCUCCCUCCCUGCAGGCGCUGUCAAGUCAGCUUUGACGUGUGAGGCAGACCACCUCACCUCACCGCUCGGCUCCCACCAAGACCAAGAGCAAGCUGGAGCCCCUCCCCGGUCCCCUUCACUUUCCUCACUCCAUCCAUAAUCCUCCUUGCUGUACCCUUCCCCGCCCAGGCCGGCCCACCAUUCACGGUCACCCUCAUCUCUUCCCCGUGGACCACUUCCCACCAUGUUCCCCUGAGCCUCCAAGGAGGGGGCUCAGGGGGCCCGAUGGCCUCCCGCCCCCCGUGGCCCCACAGCCCCCGCGGGCCAGGGGAAGCGCCUCCAAAGCCCCAGUGCCGAGCAUGGGCAACCGCACGUGGGAGGGAUGCCACGUGGACUCACGGGUGGACCACCUCUUCCCGCCAUCCCUCUACAUCUUCGUCAUCGGGGUGGGCCUGCCCACCAACUGCCUGGCGCUGUGGGCAGCCUACCGCCAGGUGCGGCAGCGCAACGAGCUGGGCGUGUACCUUAUGAACCUGAGCAUCGCCGACCUGCUGUACAUCUGCACGCUGCCGCUGUGGGUGGACUACUUCCUGCACCACGACAACUGGAUCCACGGCCCCGGCUCCUGCAAGCUCUUCGGGUUCAUCUUCUACACCAACAUCUACAUCAGCAUCGCCUUCCUGUGCUGCAUCUCCGUGGACCGGUACCUGGCUGUGGCCCACCCGCUGCGCUUUGCCCGCCUGCGCCGCGUCAAGACGGCCGUGGCCGUGAGCUCUGUGGUAUGGGCCACGGAGCUGGGCGCCAACUCGGCACCGCUGUUCCACGACGAGCUCUUCCGUGACCGCUACAACCACACCUUCUGCUUUGAGAAGUUCCCCAUGGAGGGCUGGGUGGCCUGGAUGAACCUCUACAGGGUUUUCGUGGGCUUCCUCUUCCCGUGGGCCCUCAUGCUGCUGUCAUAUUGUGGGAUCUUGCGGGCCGUGCGGAGCAGCGUGUCCACCGAGCGCCAGGAGAAGGCCAAGAUCAAGCGGCUGGCCCUCAGCCUCAUCGCCAUCGUGCUGGUCUGCUUCGCGCCCUACCACGUGCUUCUGCUCUCACGCAGCGCCGUCUACCUGGGCCGCCCGUGGGACUGUGGCUUCGAGGAGCGGGUCUUCUCGGCCUAUCACAGCUCGCUGGCCUUCACCAGCCUCAACUGUGUGGCCGACCCCAUCCUCUACUGCCUCGUCAACGAGGGAGCCCGCGGCGACGUGGCCAAGGCCCUACACAAUCUACUCCGCUUCCUGGCCAGCGACAAGCCACAGGAGAUGGCCAAUGCCUCGCUCACCCUGGACACACCUCUCACUUCCAAGAGGAACAGCAUGGCCAAGGCCAUGGCGGCUGGCUGGGCGGCAGCUCCACCCUCCCAGGCGGACCAGGUGCAGCUGAAGAUGCUGCCGCCGGCACAGUGAACCUCGGGCUUGCGCGGAACCCCUCUCUCCCCCUCCCCCCCAUCCCCGCUGCUAGGAUCUUAUCCCACCCUCCCUUCCCUCCUGGUCUGAUGUAUGCAAACUGUAUGUAAAUAAGGCUUGUUAAUAUUCAUAAGAGUAUAAGAAAAUAGGAGAACGGUGAGGUUGGUGGGUCACUGGUCAGUCAUCAUCCACCAUGACUCCCAAACAAUUCAGUUUAUCUAUGCCUAGCACUGCGCUGGGCGGUACUAGUGACGGGUGACGACGAAGGACACCGCUGGCCCUCCUUCACUCACCCACACUCCAAUGGGGGAAACAGACCUGUCCCCGGGCAGUCAUGACCCGGACUGGGCGGGGCUCAGACAGGGAGCCCCAAGGGCAUCUUACCGGCUCUGUGAGUCCAGGAGGGCUUCCCGGAGGAGGGGACACAGUAAAUGAAGUCAAAUAUUUGGUCUCCAGAGGGUAAAGACAAAAAGAGAAAAAAGGAUUAUUUCCAACGAGGAGGUAACACUUUGUGACUGAAGGAGAUGGAAGAAGAGAUUCACCGCGUGUGGAGUGAACAGUUUUGCCCUUGGGAAGCCCCUGGUCAUAUAAGGGAGUGAGGGCACAGACCAUGUGUGAGUUUCCAGGUAAACCAUGUUCUCUAAGUCAGGACUGAAGGGCAAGAAGACUGUCAGAACCUAAGGGAAGGGCAAUUGGAGCAGAUUGGCUGGAGGAAUGGCGAGCAAGGCAAGCUUGGAAAGGAGCUCGGGACAAGAGAAGGGUAUUUAUUCAUCUGUUCAACAGAGAUUUAUUUAUAUCUACUCUCUGCCCAGCCCUGUGCUGGCUGGGGCUGGGGACACAAGGGUGACCGAGUCAGCCCAGGCCCCACCCUCAUGGGGCUCACGGUGAACUAGUAAAUAAAAAUAAAUACAACGUUUGGAA